UGCCCGGGCUGCCCGGCGCCGCGGGCCGGGAGCGGCGUCCGGACCGAAACCGCGACGGGGAAGGGUAGCGCUACCUGUCUGCGGUGCUUAAGGAUAACGGCCACCAAGCGCCUGCCUGCGGACAGACAGACAGGUUCUGAAUCGGGAUACUGCGGAGGAAAGUGUGGAAAGCUGUCAUUUAGAUGUUGAUAUGUGAUGCAAAAUGGCAAAAAUCAACACCCAGCACUCCUACCCUGGUAUGCACAGACUGUCUAUCAGAACUACCGAUGAAGAUAUUGAAAGGAUUGAAAAUGGCUAUAUCAGAACCCAUUCAUUGUGUGAGGAUGCAUCUUCAGAACUGCAGAGAGUCAUUUCUGUGGAGGGAAGACAUGUAUCUGAAUCCCAGACAAGCUCAUUCACAGGCAGGGGAGCAAUGGCAAGGCUAUCACGAUUUGUCGUAUCUGUGAGGUCCUGGGCCACAAGACAUUUGCACCAUGAAGACCAAAGACCGGAUUCUUUCCUGGAGCGUAUCCGAGGACCAGAGUUUAUAGAGGUGUCCAGCAGGCAAAGUAACAUCCGCUCCUUUUUGGGUAUCCGUGAGCGGCCUGGGGGGGUGAACAGUCACUGGCCCUUGGCCAAGUUUAAUGUCAACUAUAGCAACAAUACCAAUGAAGACAAAAAGGAAGAAAAGAAAGAGGUUAAAGAGGAGAAAAAAGAGGAAAAGAAAGAGGAGAAGAAGGAGGAAAAGAAGGAGGAAAAGAAAGAGGAAAAGAAAGAUGACAAAAAAGAUGAUAAAAAAAAAGAAGAGAAGAAAAAAGAGAUCUUUGUGAUAGAUCCUUCAAGCAAUAUUUACUACAACUGGCUGACCAUUAUUGCAGCACCUGUAUUCUAUAACUGGUGUAUGCUAGUGUGCAGAGCCUGCUUUGAUGAGCUACAAGUUGACCAUAUUAAAUUAUGGCUGUUCUUGGAUUAUGGCUCUGAUAUCAUCUAUGUUCUUGACAUGUUUGUCAGAUUCAGGACAGGCUUCCUUGAACAAGGCUUGCUAGUUCAGGAUGAAAAGAAAUUACGAGAUCAUUACACCAAAAUGCUGCAGUUCAAACUGGAUGUGCUGUCUCUUGUGCCAACUGACCUGGCAUAUUUGAAGCUUGGUUUGAACUACCCUGAGCUGCGAUUUAACCGCUUGCUGAGGAUUUCUCGGCUCUUUGAGUUUUUUGAUCGUACAGAAACCAGGACAAAUUAUCCAAACAUGUUCCGUAUUGGAAAUCUUGUCUUGUACAUUCUUAUUAUCAUCCACUGGAACGCCUGUAUAUACUUUGCCAUUUCGAAGGUCAUCGGAUUUGGAACCGACUCUUGGGUCUACCCCAACACCUCCAUUCCAGAGUACGCGCGCCUCUCGAGAAAGUACAUUUACAGUCUGUACUGGUCGACGCUCACGCUGACGACCAUCGGAGAAACGCCUCCACCGGUGAAAGAUGAGGAGUAUCUCUUUGUGGUCAUUGACUUCCUGGUGGGCGUGCUGAUCUUCGCUACCAUCGUCGGUAACGUGGGCUCCAUGAUUUCCAACAUGAACGCCUCCAGGGCAGAGUUCCAGGCCAAGGUCGAUUCCAUUAAACAGUACAUGCAUUUCCGAAAAGUGACUAAGGAUUUGGAAGCCAGGGUUAUUAAGUGGUUUGAUUACCUCUGGACCAACAAGAAAACAGUGGAUGAGAAGGAAGUUCUCAAAAAUCUGCCUGACAAGUUGAAGGCUGAAAUUGCCAUCAACGUCCAUUUGGACACGCUGAAGAAAGUGCGUAUCUUCCAGGACUGUGAAGCUGGACUUCUCAUUGAGCUGGUGCUGAAACUGAAACCUACGGUCUUCAGUCCUGGGGACUACAUUUGCAAAAAGGGAGAUAUUGGGAGAGAAAUGUACAUUAUUAAGGAGGGAAAAUUGGCUGUGGUGGCAGAUGAUGGCGUAACCCAAUUUGUAGUCCUAAGCGAUGGCAGCUACUUCGGUGAAAUCAGCAUCCUAAACAUCAAAGGUAGCAAAUCUGGCAACAGGAGGACAGCCAACAUAAGGAGCAUUGGUUAUUCUGAUUUAUUCUGCUUGUCUAAAGAUGAUUUAAUGGAAGCCCUCACAGAAUAUCCAGAAGCCAAAAAGGCUCUGGAAGAGAAAGGGCGACAAAUUCUGAUGAAAGACAAUUUAAUAGAUGAGGAAGCAGCAAAAGCAGGAGCUGACCCAAAAGACUUGGAAGAAAAAAUAGAAAAACUUGAAACAGCUCUGGAUACGCUGCAGACGAGGUUUGCUCGGCUCUUGGCAGAAUACUCCUCAUCUCAACAAAAGGUGAAGCAAAGACUUGCUAGGGUAGAAACCCGAGUGAAAAAAUACGGUAGUGGCACUUUAUCGGUUGGAGAAGCAGAGGCUGAAAAACCUGAGGAGGAGAAAAAGCAGUAAUGGAGCAUUUCUAUUCCCUCACUUCUUGGAGAAGGUUGAAGCAUGUGAAAGCCAUAAAUGUAUGUAAAUAUGUGUGUGCAUACAUAGACAUGAUUAUUUUUAUAUGAACUAAAGAGAAUCGUUUUUAGUGUUUUUAACUGAAGUGGUAUUUUCUUGUAAAUAGAACACUGGAACCUUCUUAGGGGGAGAUUUUGGUCUGGCACUUGGGUACUUUUUUGUACUGGGAGUGGGUUUCUUAAAAGUCACGCUGAGAACAUCUAGUAUGUAUGGUACAUGUAAGUCUGGAUACACUGUCUUGUCCCACACAUGUUGCGUUAAGAAGGCUUUGUACUUAAAGUAGAAGAGAUCAGAUUUUUUUGAGGGCUUCAGAAAAUGUUUAUAGGGUACAUGCUCUACCUUGCUACCCGAGGAGCCGAUUAAAUGCGUGGAUGCACGUCCAAGCUUCUCAAAAACUUUUGUUCUUUCACUGUGAAGCAUCUGGGCCAACAGCUGGAGCACAGCUCAGCAGCAGCACGUGCCCAGCCUGCAUCUUUAGUCUGAGUCUUCCUCAUGAGCUGGGCUCUGUGCAAAGGACCAUGGGGACAGAGUGACGGUGCUCACUCACGUCCUUGCUGGCAUGAUCUGCCACAGCCUUUGCUGCUCUGCGACUGCUUCGCCUGGGGAGAAAGUGGGACAUCCAUCUCUGAUUUUUUAAGUGUGGCCCCAUCCACACUGGUAAAACUCUCACCUGGAAGGUGAAGCUCACUGGUGGAAAGCACUUGUGGCAACACAGCUUCUCUGAACUGGGGAAGAGAAAGGAGGGAGUCUGCUGUAUGCAGCUCCUAGAUGGAGAGUCUUGAGUGAAUUCCCUCUCAGCAAGUGGGCAGUCCUGGAGGGAGGCUGGCAGAGUAGAAAUCCGAGUGAAAAAAUACUCUCUGUCCUGGAGAGUCCUGCACAGGCUGGCAAGUACAGACAGCCUGUGCCCACCAGCUUUUAGCCCCCAGCAGGGUUUCUGCAGGGCAGGGAGAUGAAGCCCUGAGUUGCAAAGUCUUCCAUGCUGGUAGGCCUGUGUUUUCUUCCUCUUUACUUCAUUGAAUGAUGCCUACUUCCCCUCUUUUCGCUAUUUCAUAGAAUCAUUUUGGUUGGAAGAGACCCUCAAGAUUGAGCCCAACUGUUAACCUAAGUCUGGCACUAAACCAUGUCUGUAAGAACCUCAUCUAUAUUAUAUGCCUUUUAAAUGCCUCCAGGGAUGGUGACUCCACCACUUCCCUGGGCAGCCUGGUCCACAGCUUCACAACCUUCUCUGUGAAUAAUUUUUUCCUGAAAUCCAAUCUGAACCUUCUCCAGUGCCAGCUCUUCUCUAAAGUAGUCACACUACCAUGUUUCCUUUAUUAAGCACAAAUGAAGGCCACAUUUGCACAGGUCCUGCUCCUAGGAGCCAUUUAUGCUGGUUGCUUUUCUACAUGCAGCAGAACAGUUGUCUCUGCCAAUAGUCUGGCUCUGGGGCGAAUAUGCAGGUCUGGUGCACUCAGUCUGCUUGUGACAGUCAGGGCAGAAUGGUACGGAGGUUUCUUGCUCUGUACCCUUGCAACCUCAGGAUUUGCCUCCUACACACCCUCUCAGCCUCUUCCACCCUGCCGCUUCCACUUUUGUUCCAAGUUUCUCUCCCUCCUGCUGAGGGGAUUUCUCCAAUAUGCUCCCACUGGGAAGAUAUUAGCUUUCAUUUUUUUUUUUCCUGUACUAUUAUGUGGCUUGCCCAGUGUUACUUUUACCCUCUGGUACCUCACUGACUUCAGAAGUGUACAGAGUAGCAAAGGCUGUUCAGCAGCCACAGCAUGGAGGCAGGAUCCUCCGGUGGCGCUGGGUAUUGCCACGGGCAGUGCCCUGCCUUUAGUUGUCCUCAGCCCUGACAGCAUAUGGGAAUAGACGGCCUGCUGGAAAAUUGGUGCUAAACCCCCUGAGAAGAGGGUGGUUUAACCAGAUGGUAAUGAAAUUAAAAAAGGUGGUUGAUUUGGUAAACUGAGCACAACUGCUGAGAGUGAGUACCGGUCUCUGGGCAAGCGGCUGUGCCCCGCCAUAUGACACUUUGCCAAAAACACUGGCAAAGGGACCACCAGGUGAUAGAUGUCCACAUAUAGCCCAUGUCUAAAUUCUUGUUAUCAGCAGCUGAGAAUUCAACUAGACUUACAUAUCUACUGUAGGUCGGGCUUAAACCUCUAUUAUCAAGAUUCCCACUAACUAAAAUGAGGGCUUGGGAAAGUUAGUUAGAUCUAGUCUAGAGUGGGAGUUCUGGUCCUUCAGCUUCAUCUUGUCUUUAUUUUCCUCAUGGGCUUGAGACAAAAGUGGGAUGUACAAGAGGCUCCUUGUGGCAGGGGUGGGUUGCUGAAAGCACGGGCAGUGUGGGCACAGGCGGUGCAGGCACAGGCUGCUGAAAUCGCAACUCUGCCCUGGUAACAGGCAGGUUCUGCACUCACCUGCGAGCUGACGUUCACUGUUGUGUUAUGCAAACACUGUAUCUGGUUGGGGUAUCAUACUUACAGUUGUGUUGUGUAUCAGUCAUCAUUCUCUGUAAAUAUCUAACUCUCUACCCAACAUACUACAGCUGUUCCAGCCUACUACGUAUCUACAAAUAGGACUGUUUGAAGUACUAUUUAUACCUCUUAAACUCCACAAACACAAGACUGCUUCAUUACCCGAUGGAUCAGAACAGCCUAAUGUAUCGGUUAAAUACAUAUUUGCUCUUCCUUUUUUCAUGCCUCUUGAUCUGGUUUUCAUGUGCCAGAAGAAGAGCUAUUUUUAUCCUGUUGGCUUCAGUCACUUUGAAAUAUACAGCUUUUGGCAUGAUGAAACCACAUCUUUGACACCUUUCAUCUCUUUAAGAUGUUUCCCCUUCUUUAAUGUGGCUACAGCAUGUACAUUAAAAUAUUCUGAGUAACA